CGGUGAAUGCAGGACGGGACCUCCCCGAGCGAGGGUCCGGGUUGGCUCUGCCGCCUGUGCAGCGAAAACCAGAGGACAGCUGGCCGCUGAGCCGGUGACAUGGAGCCCCAGUCAGGUUUCCAGGUCAGCAACGAGAACGGCGUGACUGCACCCGAAAUGCUGCCUGACCUUUCGGUACACUCAGCUGCCACCUCCUCAGGGCUGUCCCCACCUGUGCCACCCUCCCCAAAGGCAGGCGGCACAGCCCUGUCUGAAGCGGUGCCCGUGCUGUUCUAGGAAGCUGUGUCCUUCAAGGACGUGGCUGUGGACUUCACCCGGGAGGAGUGGGCCCUGCUGGACACCUCCCAGAGGAGGCUGUUCACAGACGUGAUGCUGGAGAGCAUCAGCCACCUGGUCUCGACCGGCAGUUGGCUCUGCGAAUCCGAUGUGAUUUCCCACUGGAAGGGCGAGCAGCUGUCAGGAGGAGGGAUGGGCGCUCUGCGAGGCCUGAGUGCAGACAGGAGAGGUGAUUUUAAACAACAGGAAGUGACAUCGACGCGACCUUCCUGCACAGAGGACACGUCCCGAAUCGGCGCCGCGAGACUUCGUGCUCAAGAAGACCCUUCUGAAUGUGAUGAUUUGGGAGAAAAUUUUACUGAACUCUUAACAUUGACUCAGUGUAUGACACCUCACAUGGGAAAGAAACCCCAUAUCAUCCACGAACUUAGACAAGUGCUCAGGUACUUUAGUCAAGAUAAACAAGUUGACACCAGAAGUAAGUUGAACGAAUGUCCGCGCGGGAGCGCUUUGACUCAGCGCCCUGCCAUGAGGCAACACAACAGCACUCAGGACGGAGAGAAGACGUUUGAAUGUCACGUGUGUGGGAAAGCCUUCAGCAACACCGCGAACCGCAGGCGGCACGAGAUGAUUCACACGGGAGAGAAGCCGCACGGCUGCCGCCUGUGCGGGAAGGCCUUCACCCACUGUUCCGACCUGCGGAAGCACGAGAGGACGCACUUCGGGGAGAAGCCCUACGCGUGCCGUCUGUGUGGGAAAGCCUUCAGUAAAAGCUACAACCUGAGACGGCACGAGGCGAUUCACACGCGAGAGAAGCCGCACGGCUGCCGCCUGUGCGGGAAGGCCUUCUCCCACUGUUCCGACCUGCGGAAGCACGAGAGGACGCACUUCGGGGAGAAGCCCUACGCGUGCCGUCUGUGUGGGAAAGCCUUCAGCAAAGCUUCCUACCUGAGGCAACACGAGCGAACUCACGACCGAGAGAAGCCCCAUGAGUGUCCCCGGUGCGGGAAGGCCUUCACCCACUGUUCCCACCUGCGGAAGCACGAGAGGAUCCACACCGGAGAGAAGCCCUACGUGUGCCGUCAGUGUGGGAAAGCCUUCUCCGACUCUUCCGUCCUCAGGCGGCACGAGAGGACGCACACCGGGGAGAAGCCCUACGCGUGCCGGUCCUGUUGGAAAGCCUUCGCUGAUUCGUCCGUCCUCAGACGGCACGAGAGGACGCACACCGGCGAGAAGCCGUACGGGUGUCACCUGUGUGGGAAGGCCUUCAAUCACUCUUCUGUCCUCAGACGGCACGAGAGGACGCACACCGGCGAGAAGCCCUAUGAGUGCAACGUGUGUGGCAAGGCCUUCAACAGAAGCUACAACUUCGGACUGCACCAGAGAAUCCACACCGGGGAGAAGCCAUACAAAUGUUACCUGUGUGGAAAAGCCUUCAGCAAAUAUUUUAACCUUAGACAACAUGGCAGGACCCACGCUGUAAGGGUUAUAAAUGUGGAAGACUCACCACCCAUGCUUUCAAACUCUAAACACUCUUGAGGACUCACACAGUUGUAAAAACAAGCUGUGUUUGUAGUCAGUCUGGAAGAGCCCUUAUUCAUCCUUAUUUCAUUCCGUUGAAGUUAACCCAUAACAGAGAGGAUCCACACGCAUAGUGUCUCCUUGACAAAUUCUUUAGACAGUGGACUGACCUGGUGGAACUCCAGCUGUACAUGGAACGGAUGUGUAAGAGUCGUCACCCACAGCUCUGUUAGACCAGCUGGAGAGAUCAGAGUUAGAGG